AUGUCUACCCUCGACCUCAUCACCCAAUACACCCAAACAGCUCUAUCCCACCUCCCCGAGCCAACGCAACUUCUCCUCCACAAUUCAACGGCUCAAAAAGCCUUCGGUGUUCUGGCCGCCCUCUCCAUCCUGCGCGCUACAAACCGCUUCCUUUCAAGACGCACCCUACAAAACUGGACCUCCAACCAACCAUGGAUCCCAGCCCGAGAGCUCAUCCUGCUAACGGGCGGCUGUAGCGGAAUCGGCAAGCAAGUGAUGGAAGACCUAGCGCACACAGGCGUGCGUGUUGUCAUCCUCGACAUUAAUGAGCCGAAUUUCACAUUACCCGCCAACGUCACCUUCUACAAGGCGAAUAUCACCUCCUCGGCUGAUAUCGCCCAGGUUGCGAGCACGAUCCGUGACAGCCACGGCGAGCCUACGGUCUUGAUAAACAACGCUGGGGUUGGAAAUGACGGGACCAUCCUUGAUGAGUCUGAGGAGAAGAUUCGUCAGACGUUCGAGGUCAAUACCCUGUCCCAUUUCCUUAUGGUCAAGGAGUUCCUGCCAGCUAUGGUAAAAGCCAACCAUGGUCACGUUGUUACUAUUGCUAGCAUGGCGAGCUUUGUAGCGCUCGGCGAGAUGGUGGAUUAUUGUUGCUCUAAGGCUAGUGCGCUUGCGUUCCAUGAGGGAUUGCGUCAGGAGUUGAAGUACUGGUAUAAUGCGCCCAAUGUGCGCACUAGUAUUAUUCACCCCAAGUGGGUGCGUACACCCAUGAUCAAGUUGCUCACAGAUAACGAGGCACAUUUCCAUCAGCCCAUCAUGACCCCCCAAGUGGUGUCUGAGGCUAUCUGUAAACAGAUCUUGACCCAGACGAGUGGCCAGAUAAUUCUUCCUGCUAGUCAAUCAGUGGCUAGUUUGGUGCGUGCUAUGCCGACCUGGAUGCAGGAGGGUGUGCGCACUUUCGCGUCGGGUGCGUUGAAGAAGAUGCGUAUUGCGCAGGAGGCGGAGAAGGCGCAAGCGCAGUAG